CCAAGCGUGUCUCAUACGUAUACCCGAGUCACAAAACAAAUAUAACGCUCAUCUAACAUUAUGAGGGUGUCGUCUUGCAAAAGCACUAAACCAGGAAUGUCGCGCAGCUGUCAGAAGCCACCGUAAUUUCCUCAAAGUAAACUAAUCAUCUCUGUGUUAGGGUCGACAGGCGCGCUGACAAUUCCCACAGUCUGCAAUCACGGGCGACCACCCACGGCGAGACGACUAAUAUAAACACAAUAACACGGACAGGCUGCAAACAUGCGGUGGGAUGAUGUGUCACCGGACAACUUUGUCCAUCCGUGCCUGCGCAGCUGCUGCGACGAAUAUAGCGCUGCGGUUCGUCCCUUUCCACUCAACUAGGCGACAACAGACCAUGGUUUAUGUUCGCGCACUUGAAAAGGCGGCCGUGACCCGCGCUGAGCGAUCUCGGCGGCCACUGAUAAACCACUUCCUCUCGAGCCUCGUCCCCGAUCUCGGCCCGGUCGCUGGCUCCGACAGUUGUCGGUGCGCUGCGUUGGCCGCAGCUGUGCUCCGCCAUGGCUCCCAUCUCCUCGCCGUCUCCGCUGACGCUGAAACUGCUGGUGCUGCUGGCAGUGACGACACUCCUUCCUGUGCUAGCUGCCCCCGGAGUGCUCGACAACAAGCUACCCAAGGAUGUGCGGCUGCCGACCGUGUCGCGCAGUUGGAUGCGCGCCUGUUACAUCUCGCGGACAGUGCCGUACGACCUGGUCGAGGCCGACCUGUGCACGCAUCUGCUCGUGUUUUUCGGUCACAUCGGCGAUGACGGCAAGCUCUGGGUUGGCGAGUCGGACGUGUCACUCCUGGCGCAGCUGGUCAAGAAGCGGGAGGAGGAGAAUCCUGACCUGCGUGUCUGUCUGACCGUCGGAGGAUCUCCCGACCAGUUCGCCGGCAUUGCAGCGAGCAACGACAGUCGGGAGACGUUCGCGCAGUCCGCUGCUCAGCUCAUGGAGGACAACAACCUGGACGGUCUGGACCUGGACUGGGAAUUCCCGGCAUUCGAGCGGCCCUUGCACGAGCGGCGUGACUUCUCGCUGCUGCUGGAGACGCUGCAGGCGGUGCUGAAGGCGAUGGCGCGCCCCCGCCUGCUGUCGGUGGCCGUCGGGGCUCCCACCACCAUUGUGGACGUGUCGUACGAGGUGCCGCGCGUCGCUGCAGCCGUCGACUUCGCCAGUGUGAUGACGUACGACUACCACUUCUUUCAGACGCUGACGCCCGCCACGGGGCACAACUCGCCGCUGUACCCCUCGCCGGCAGACGUCGGCUACUUCGCCGAGCUGAACUGCAACUACUCCAUGAACCUGUGGCUGCAGCGCGGCAUGCCUCGUGAGAAACUGCUCAUGGGUCUGCCAACCUACGGGCGCGACUGGAAGCUGCUGAACCCUGACAGGCACGAUAUUUACGCCCCUGCCAUUGGCCCGUGGGAAGACGGCUAUGCGUCUCUGGCAGACGUCUGUCGUCUGCUUCAGAACAACGGCACCGAGGUCUGGGACUCGUUCGGGCUCGUGCCGUACGCCUACAGCGGUGCCGAGUGGGUCAGCUUCGAGAACGCGCGCAGCAUCAUCGCCAAGGCGACCCUGGUUCGGGCGCUGGACCUGGCCGGAGCGAUGGUGUUUGACAUGGCGCAGGAUGACUGGGAGAAUGUCUGCGGCGAGGGCCCUCUGCCGCUCUUCAAACUCAUCAGGGAGAUGCUCCCGACUAUGAAAUAGGAAAACUGUAAGAAAAGUAGUGCGGAGGUAAAAACAUGCAUUAUUCUAUCUGAUUGGUUGAAUUAUUGAUCUAUGACUUGAUUGAGCUGUGAUGGGAAAUGGCGUAUAAUACACCAGGCAUAAACUUC